AUGGUAGAAAUACCAGUUGUGACCUGUGAUGAAGAAUAUUUUGCAGCGGGGCCACCAGACACAAGUACAACGGAACCUACAACCAUAGGCAGUACACUACCACCGUCAACAAUUACCACAGAGAGUACUCCUGCCAUUACCACCGAUUCUCCCACCACAGAAGAAACAACCAUGCCCACAACAGAACCAAUGACACCAACACCAACCACUACAACAACUACGGAACCCUCAACCACUUCUACAACAACAGAAAUUACAACCACAGAAGAACCUACCACAACAACAACAACAACCUCUACCACCACCACCACUACAACAACAACAACUGAACCUCCUACAACAACAACAACAGUAACCACGACAACAGAAGAACCCACACCUACAGAGGCCAAACCACCAACACCCACAACCUACUUCCCAGCCACCUCGGUGCCAACACCACCCAAUACCGGUACCAUUCGACCCAUUGUCGAUGUCCAGAAUUCAAGUAACACACAAAAUGAUACCGGCGCAGCCGCAGAUAGCCUACAGGAAAAAUUGACAAAUAAAAAUUAUGUCACAUCGGCUGCCUUCAGACAUCGUCAAUUGCGUAACGUUAAUGAGUACACCUAUCAUUGUUAUAAGGUGUUAGCUGAUGUUAACGGUACAAUGGUGACAAAUCGUGGCUGCUCUCGUGUCAAAACCAUGGAAUCGGUUUGCGGUCAAUAUCGUGAAGAACAUCCCAAACAGCAGUUGAAUAAAUGUUAUCCUUGCUCCAACUCACGUUGCAAUGGCAGUACAGCCCUCAGCGUUUCAAUAUCGGCGUUGAUUCUAGCUCUCAUAGCUGUGUUAUUGCAGAGACAAUAA